AUGUCUCUCUGGCUUCGGGAACCCGACAUGAUGAGGCAAGAGACGGGUGAGUCCUACAACGACGUCUUUCAAAAGCUGCCCCCGGACAUCAGCAAAGGACAGCAGCAACUCGUCGUCCAAGACAAGCAAAUACCGUUGGCACCCGACACCGUCUUGCGAUGGAAGUAUCUCACGACUCCAGCGGCGAUAGAUAAGGACGUCCCGCUGAUCGAGCUGUGCGGUCAAAUCCUGUUCCAAAAAGACUACUGUGCUGAUCCGACCAACUUGUGGGAAGAGUUGACCUCGCCUCUUCCGUUUGUAUUCUUCCACCCCAUGCUGCCUCUGUGCAUUGACACACGAAACGAAAUGUCGCAAGCCCGCUACGUCCGCCGGAGCUGCAAGCCCAAUGCCGUCCUCGAUACCUACCUUUCCAAUACUUCCGAAUACCAUUUCUGGCUCGUCAGCGAUCGUUUCGUUGCCGCAAACGAACAGAUUACACUGCCGUGGGACUUCCGGCUGCCAAAGCUGCAGAAGGCGCGAAUGAUGCACCUCAUCGGCCUCGGCGACGACGAAGUCAAUGGUCGAGAUGAGCCAGACAUGGACGAAGCCGAGUACCAGCAGACGUCCGGUUGGCUUCACCGCGUUCUGUCCGAAUUCGGCGGUUGCGCAUGCGAUCUUGGUAGCAAUUGCGCCUUUGCUCGCUUCCAUCGCCACUACCAAGCCAGGUCACAGUCUCGAAACCAGCUGCCCAAGAAGAAGUCACGAAAGCCGAAAGUGCAUACCAUUUCUCCCACUAGUACAGGACACGCAGCAAAUAGUAGGGCAGCUAGCGAAAGCCACAACGACGACCCCGACCAAGACGGUCGAUCAACGUCGGAGCGAAGCAAGCCGCCAAGCCGAGACCGCACGCCUUUGCGUCAAGGGUCUCUCGAUCAACCCGGCAUCUUGACGGAGCCUACGGAGAGAGAAAAGCGUAAGGUACAAAUGGUCGAAGACUCUUUCCGACGCAUGGAGCAACAACCUCCUGCUCGCAAAAAGAAGAGGACGUCUGAUGGCACCAACACCAAACCGCCAAAGUCAAAGAACGCGCUCACAUCAAGCACUUCUGGCUCCAAUGGUACGAGUAGGUAUGUCGAUGCUGGAACGUCACGUAGCAAAUCGGGAUCUCCAGCGAGCGCCCACUCUACAGGAUGGCAGAACCCGUUCAAAGGCCCCACCUCCAGAACGGACUCUGUCGCAUCGAACUCACGACCGGCAUCGACCGCACCCAGGCCCAAGUAUUGCGAUGCGUCUGUUCAAACCGAUCCAGUCGCCGGUGAGUGGUACAGCGAAGCAGAGCCCACACCGAAGCCUCGACGACGGAUCAUCUCUUUGUCACAACGUCUGCUCAACAACCGCCAUCGGGCGCGCUGUGAUGGGGUGGACCAGUUUAAGCGUCGGACGUCGCUCCCCGCGCCAACAACGCCAACGGCAAUGGAAAUCGACCCUCCAGUGGACCCCCGGAGGACUUCGGACUCGGCAUCCUUGCCCAAGGAAUCGGAGCACUUGCCCCCUUCGCCAGCGCCGGAGGCGACGAGCCUGGAGGAUGUUCCGAUGACAGACGCGCCCUCAACAGAUGCGGCGUCGAUUUCCCCCACGACAACAACGGCACAGCUGCCUGAGGUCAAUGGAGUCAGCAGUCCGGUGGAAGUCAAGUCGCCGGAGUUGCGCGUUCAUCUGCCUCCAGUCCCUGCUUUUGGUGACGCCACAUCAGCCGUGGCCAAUGUCACGACGCCUCAAGUGGCCACUGACUCGCAAGCACCCUUGCUUUCCACCCCGACCGGUGCUCCGUCGAGCGCUCUGAUGCCUCCUGCUGUCAAUGGCAUCACACAUCCUAGCCCGGUCAAGAAGAAGCUGAGUCUUAGCGACUACACAAAGAGCAGGUUGAACAAGGCUGCGUCGAAACCAGAUGGUGGACCGAAGACACCCACAACGAAAGAGACAAAAGCAGGCGUCGAUGGCAUCGUCGACGCGGCUGAUACGACGAAGGCGAACGAAGCGACAGAGACGGCUCGAGUCAACGGUGUCAGUCCGACGCUCACCGCAGCCGAUACACCCUUGUAA